AAUUAUUUCCCAGAGCCCAGAUUAGUGAAGCAGCGAGCGCUGCAGCGGCAGUCGUCUUCCCUGUCACCACCACCGCCCGAAGGGAGCAGCCCAGAUACUCCAGCCGGGAAGAUGGAAGAUGGUGCUCCAAAGCAUGUCAUCCAGAUGACAGGAUUUAAGAUGGAAGAAAAGGAAGCUCUAGGCAAAUUGCUUUUAAAACUAGAUUGUACUUUCAUUAAGAGUGAGAAAUACAAAAAUUGUACACAUCUUAUAGCUGACCGCCUAUGUAAGAGUGAAAAAUUUUUAGCAGCUUGUGCAGCAGGAAAGUGGGUAUUAACUAAGGACUAUAUAAUUCAUAGUGCCAAAAGUGGCAGAUGGCUUGAUGAAACAACUUACGAAUGGGGAUAUAAAAUUGAAAAAGAUUCCCAUUAUUCACCUCAAAUGCAAUCGGCACCUAAAAGAUGGCGUGAAGAACUGAAACGCACUGGUGCUCCAGGAGCCUUCCACAGAUGGAAAGUUGUCCUCCUUGUGAGAGCUGAUAAGCGUGAUUCUCUUGUAAGAGUUUUGAAGGCUGGAAAAGCAAAUGUUAUUGUACCAAAAAGUUCACCAAGUGGAAUAACUCAUGUGAUUGCCAGUAAUGCAAGAAUCGAGGCUGAGCAAGAAAAAGAUAAUUAUAAGGCUCCAUUUUAUCCAAUUCAGUAUCUAGGGGACUUCCUUUUAGAGAAAGAAAUUCAGAAUGAUGAAGAUUCCCAAAUGAAUUCUGUUUGGACUGAACAUGGCAAGCAAGAAAACAAAAAUUUCAGGAAAGAUACAGGAUUUCUUGAAAUGAAAGAUGCCUUCAGAGAGACCACGAGUAGAACCCAGAAAAAAAUGCAAAAUCCUGUUGAAGAUGUCAAUGUUAGUUCUAUUUUCACUGAACACCACAAAAAAGAAAAAUGCAGAAAUUCCAGUAAAGAUUUCAAAUUUAAUAAAUUGAGAAAUACAUUAGCAAGGCACACAUAUGGAAAUCAGAAGGAAAUUAAGAAAAAGGAUGAAGAUAUUCAAAGGAAAAAAUGCAAAAAAAGAGAUUUCAGGAAACGUGUGGAACAUAACAGAAUUAAAACUACCUUAAGAGAGCACACAUAUAGAGAUCAGGAAGAAAUGAAGAAUUCUGGUUUUGCCGAUCAUGCCAAAGAAUCAAAAACCAAGGAUAUCAGGACAGAUGUGGAUAUUACUGAAAUAAAAAAUGCCUUAAGGAAGCACAUGUAUAGAGCUCAGGCUAUCAGAUACAGAUGCAUUAGAAUAGAUAAACAACCAGUAUACAAUGUCGAGGUUAAAAGUGCUGAAUUUCCCAGAAGUGUAUUAAAUUUAAUUGAAAGCCUCAUAGAAGGACAGUUUUUUAAAGAAGCAAUUGAAGAACUUUCCUCUUUGCGAGCACAUUAUAUCCCUCCUGUAUGCCUUCUUCAUGCUCUUCUAGAGAACAUUUUACAGGAUAACCUAGAUACGUUUUCUGGUCGAUACUUUCACAUAUUGUCAGCUCUUCUUCACUUACAUCCUCCUUGGAAGUCCCCAGCCAUGUCAAGAUAUUACUUAGAGUUGUUUCAGUGUCCAUCUUGUAUGAAAGGAGCAUGGUCUCUAAUAGAAGUGCUUAUCAGGUCUUGUCUUUUCAAUGAAAGUUUUUGUCAUCAAAUUUCGGAAAAUAUUAUUGGCUCUAAGAUGCUCCAUCUGACAGUGCUCAAAUUUUUCUUCAAUUUAGUUGAAAGUGAAGUGCGACAUCUGAGUCAAAAGUUGUAUGAUGGGUCAGAUUCUGAGAGUCUGAAAAUAACAGAAAAGGCAAUUCUUCUUGAAAUCUUCUGGUCAGGAAGUGAGACCUCUGGACUUUUGACCAAACCAGUAAAUAUGCUUUUGGAGUGGACUAUAUAUUCUCACAAGGAAAAAUGCAAGUCUGAUGAUGUCUUCAAACAUGAACUAGCUUACUUACUGACCGGAAUUCUUGGAGCAGCGAUAGAUUAUUGGAUCUUCCUUGGUCUUAAGAUGGGUAGAAAUGUGAUGCGACACAUGUCUGAGGACUUCGGAAGCUAUGUUUCCCUUUCAUGUGAUGUUUAUUCUCUUUCAUUGGAGAUCAGCUGUUUUGUGUAUAAUGUUUUUGAAUCUCACAUGGUAUAUUCCUAUUUGCCAGCUCUGGGGAAAACUGGUAUGCGUGGGACUGGAAAGAUGAAGAUACCAAAGAAGAUAGGACAGCGCCCUUGCCUUGAGUCUCAGAGGGCCUUACUAAUGCUGAAUGGUGCUAAACAGAAACAAGUUGAAGGGCUGCCAGAGUUACCAGAGCUGAACCUUGCUAAAUAUUCCUCAUCAUUAAAAAGACUGAAGAAGAAGUCAGAAGGAGAAUUGUCAUGUUCCAAGGAGAAUUGCCCCUCUUUAGUUACAAAGAUGAAUUUCCACAAGACAAAUUUAAAAGGAGAAACAGCCCUCCAUAGAGCUUGCAUAAAUAACCAAGUGGAGAAAUUGAUUCUUCUUCUCUCUCUGCCAGGAAUAGACAUCAAUGUUAAAGACAAUGCUGGCUGGACGCCUUUGCAUGAAGCCUGUAACUAUGGCAACACAGUGUGUGUCCAGGAAAUUUUGCAACGUUGUCCAGAGGUAGAUCUGCUCACUCAAGUGGACGGGGUGACUCCUUUGCAUGAUGCACUGUCAAACGGACAUGUAGAAAUUGGCAAGCUGCUACUCCAGCAUGGUGGCCCGGUGCUUUUACAACAGAGGAAUUCUAAGGGGGAAUUGCCCUUGGAUUAUGUGUUAUCGUCUCAGAUCAAGGAAGAACUAUUUGCUAUUACAAAAAUAGAAGAUACAGUGGAGAACUUUCAUGCACAAGCAGAGAAACAGUUUUACCACCAACAACUUGAGUUUCGCUCAUUUUUACUUAGUAGGAUGUUGCUGAAUUUUUGUUCAAUUUUUGGUUUAUCUUCAGAGUUCCUCUUAGCUUUCAAAGGGUUAACCCAUCUAAAUGAGCUACUUAUGGCUUGUAAGAGUUAUAAGGAAACCACCAGUGUUCAUAGUGACUGGUUAUUGGAUCUUUAUGCUAGAAAUAUCAAGACAUUGCUGAAGCUACCAAGUAUUUUUAAGGAACUGCCCGAGAAUUUAAAAGUGUGUCCUGGAGUACACACCGAGGCCUUAUUGGUGACACUGGAAAUGAUGUGUCUGUCAGUCACAGAGUUUUCAUGAUGAUGCCAAAAAAUAUGAGUCAGCCCUCUAAACCUGAUCAGUUUGCUUUGUCAUUAUAUGUACUUCAUAGCUAAUUAUAACAAAUACUGAUUUUAUUUUAUUUAUUGACAGAAUUUGCAGCCUUGCUAAAUUUUAAAAGUACCUUUGCAAAACUAAU